UGUCACCUACUCCUAAAGAAGAGAGAGUCGGAGAGAGUCCCCUAUUAACUCUCACACUCUUCUCUCUUCUCUUCUUCAUCAAAACCCAGAUCUUUCUUCUGUCUUCGAUCAGAUCUAGUCGCCAUGGAUAAGCCUUACACCUGCAAGAUCUGCAACAAGCGCUUCAAAGGUGGCAAGGCCAUGGGCGGACACAUGAGAUCUCAUCUCGCCAAGCUUCCGCUCCCUCCCAAACACCCUCCACCUCCCCCGCCGCCGCCAGCGACUCCUUCUCCGCCGCAGCGGCUCGCUCACUCGCCGGAGUUUUCAUCCUCCUCGACUCAUCAUAACCUUAGCAACAACAACAUCUUCCGAAUCCGGAACUUAAACAGCAGCGUGAGCCUCAUGCAGAUGAUGAUGAUGCAAUCUCCUCCGCCGUCUACGGCCCCGGCCCCGGCUCCGGCGACUAUUCUGAAGUACCGGGAAGUUGUUGUUGCUGCUACUGCUGUGGCUCCGCCGUCGUCUAUGGACUCGGCGGUGGAGAGCGACAGCACCGAGUCGCAGCAGAAGAACCUGACCCGGAGAAGAUCCAAACGUCGUCGUAAGGUGAUUGUGAGUGCGGCGCCGCCGCCCCUGGAGGCCGCCGAGGAGCAGCAGGUAAGUUCCGUUUCCGAUACUUUCUCACCGGAAGAUUGUGCUCUCUCUCUUAUGAUGCUCUCAAGGGACACAUGGAAAAUGAAAGUCACAAAUGAACUAGCUUAUGGUGAUGAAGAAUCUCUUGAGGAAGAACAAGAGGAGGAAGUGGUGGAAGAAGAAGAGGAGGAAGACGACGACGUCGUUUUCAUCCCCAGGACUACUCCCAAGAGUACUUCUUCUAAUAAUCAAGGGGGGAAGUACAAGUGUGAUACUUGCAAGAAAGAGUUCCAAUCCUACCAAGCACUCGGCGGCCACCGAGCCAGCCACAAGAGAGUCCGGCACCAAGUCUUAGAGGAAGACGACGAUGACGUGGAAGUCGGCGAUGAUGAUUCCGAGGAGGAUGAGGUGUUGGCAGUAGGAGGAAGAGGAGGUGGCAAUGGCCGUGGCAGUGGUAAUGGUGGUGGUGGUGGUGUCCAGGGGUAUAAUGGGAAGUCUGCUGUUGUGGAGCAUCCUCCUCCCAGGGUAUUUGAAUGCCCAUUUUGUUUCAAGCUGUUUGAUUCUGGUCAAGCACUUGGUGGGCAUAAGAAGGUGCACUAUUAUAAUAAUAAUACUAAUAACAAUACUAGUUAUAAUAAUACCAACAACAACAGCAGCAGCAGCAAUGUCCCAGCUGCUAGUAGUACCACCAACACCAAUACCAACACCAACACCAACAAUGCUAGGGCCUCUUCCUCCUCAGCAAACGUAUCUUCUGCAAACUAUGGAGGCAACAAUCUGGUGAUUGAUCUCAAUCUCCCAGCACCAGAAGAAGAGUUCGACUUUUCGACAAUUUCAGAUUAGUUUAACAUCUCAAUUUAUAGAGGUACCAAUUAGUUUUCUCAUAAUUUCAUCAGCAGCAACAGCAAACAUCUACCUUUCAAAAAUGGUUUCGCUUUAGUUUGCUUGUUGUAAUACAGAGUCAUGAAAAUUCUC